AUGUGGGCUUGGCCCCGUUAUGCAAUCUACAUACUUAUGCUACUUGACGAACUUUGUACAAAGCAGAGAGAAGAUAUGAUGAAAGAAGACAAAAGCAUACAGAAAAGAAUACCACGUUCGGUACCAAAAGGAAAGGAGAAGAGCUAUAAGUAUAUGAUUUACACUGAAGAGUUGGAGAAAGAAGAAGAUAAAGAUAUGGUUAUGUUACAUUUAGUCAGAAGAAACAACAAGAGCUUUUAUGACCUCGCUAAAAUAUAUAAAUCUGACAGAAACCGGUUCUAUCGUGAAAACUUACCGAUUUCAAUGACACCGAAUGAGCAAAUAAAGGAAAUUGUCAAAAAUACUCUUCCUCAAACACACUAUGACAUCAAAGGUUGCACAAUACUUACAUUCAAAGAAGACUUAACAUUACUGAAGGAAAAAAUAACAGAAUAUUUCGACAACUUCAAAGAGGAAGAAUGA